UAGACACCCACUCGUUACGAUUCUCUCCCUUGCGGUCUCUGAUCAAAAUUCAAUUUUCAGUUUUUCACUCAAUCAUCUCUUCCCGAUUAGGAAGCAGAUCACCGGAAAACCCCAAAACGGAGAUUUAUCAAUUCUCGGAUCAGUACCAGCCGAAAUCUCCACCGAAGAGCUGACGAUUUUGAAAGUUUCUUGAAGUGGAAGACCCUUAAAAUUGAUGCGAAGAAGAUGAAGAGAAAAAGCUCGUCGUAGAGGAAGAACAGAGGAAGUUGAUUUAUCAUUAAGAUCGAUACGUGUCACGAAGAUGAUGAUGGCGAUUUCUCAUAACUUGAAUUUAUUUUUAAUCUUAACCGUCAUCAUCGGAGGAUCCGUCUCUUCUUCGUCAUCUCCGUCUAACUCCACCGAGCCUUGUAACGGCACAUGCCGCGGAAUGAUCCUGCCUUACCCCUUCGGAUUUUCACACGGUUGCCCGAUCAAAUUCACUUGCUCCGCCACCGAGGGAGCGCAGAUCGGAGGCUUCUCCGUGAAAAACGUGAACGUGACGGAAGGGAGCAUAUUCGUAGGGGUUCCACAUGACUGCAACCGGAGUAUCGAAGCCAUGAAGCCGCUCUUCGGGGAGCUUUACGCACCGACGUCGGAGAACAGCUUCCUGAUGGAGGAAUGCACGAACGCGACGGACGGGUGUUCGAUCAAACAGAAGUUCUUGGAGACUCAGCUGAAUCUGCGGAGCUGUGAUCCUCUGGGAAAGGAUAACGUGAGUUGUUUCUCUACUGAGACGAACUCGAGCUCCAACGGUUCAGCCAGGUUUUUUAGUAUGAAGGAUUUGAGGAGGAGCUCGUGCAAGAAGCUCUUCUCGUCGGUUGCAUUCGAGUCUGUAGGUGCUAAUGCGGGAAUAGCGCUGGAGUUUGAACGGGUUAGGUUGGGGUGGUGGGUGAAGGGGGAGUGUGAGACGAGAGACUCUACUUGCGGGGCUAAUGCCUUGUGUACGCCAGUUCAAACUCCUGGUGGAAGUGCAGGACACCGGUGCUCAUGUCUGGAGGGAUACCGCGGCGACGGGUACAUCAAGUCUCCUUGCCGGAAAGCAAUACCGAACUGCCAUGGUUCAAGGCUGGUCCGGGGAGAUUGUAGAUCUAAUCUUGCUAUUGUUGUAGGAGGAACUGUUGGUGGAGCAUUUUUGCUAGCUGGAUUUGCUCUUUUGUGCGUUUGUAAUCGGAGACGGUCUGCUUCUUUGAGAAGCCAGUUAAGCGCAAAGCGUCUUUUGACUGAAGCUACAGGGAACACAAGCGUCGCCUUCUUCCCUUACAAGGACGUCGAGAAAGCAACGAAUUGUUUCUCCGAAAAGCAGAGGCUAGGAACAGGCGCCUACGGUACAGUCUAUAAAGGAAAGCUCCAAAACGAUGAAUGGGUUGCUAUCAAAAGACUCAAACACAGAGACUCGGAAAGUGUUGAGCAAGUCAUGAAUGAGAUCAAACUUCUUUCCUCUGUGAGUCACCCGAACCUUGUCCGUCUCUUGGGUUGCUGUAUAGACCAAGGUGACCCGGUUCUCGUUUACGAGUUCAUGCCACAUGGUACUUUAUCAGAACAUCUACAAAGAGAGAUAGGAGACGGUCUUCCUUGGACUGUGCGUCUCACUGUUGCAACUCAAACAGCUAAAGCUAUCGCGUAUCUCCACUCUGCAAUGAACCCACCUAUCUAUCACCGUGACAUCAAAUCUAGCAACAUCCUUCUUGAUUAUGAUUUCAACUCCAAAGUUGCAGACUUCGGUCUCUCUAGGCUCGGAAUGACUGAAACAUCUCACAUUUCAACGGCUCCUCAAGGCACCCCUGGCUAUCUCGACCCGCAGUACCAUCAAUGCUUCCAUCUUUCUGACAAGAGCGACGUCUACAGCUUCGGUGUCGUUCUUGCUGAGAUUAUUACAGGACUGAAAGUUGUCGAUUUCACUCGACCGCAUACUGAAAUCAACUUGGCAGCUCUUGCUGUCGACAAAAUCGGGUCAGGCUGUCUAGACGAGAUUAUAGACCCGGUUCUUGACCUGAACCUUGACGCAUGGACCCUCUCGUCUAUACACAGCGUGGCUGAGCUCGCGUUCCGAUGCUUAGCCUUUCACAGUGACAUGAGACCUACGAUGACUGAAGUGGCGGACGAGCUUGAACAGAUACGGCUCAGCGGUUGGAUCCCAAACAUGAGCUUGGAUUCACCAACCGGUUCUCUCAGGUCAUCUGAUCAAGGAAGCGAAAGAUCGGCAUCAGUUAAAAAAGCAUUAGCAGGAAGCAUAAGACUUGUUGUCCCUCCCAAGCAACCUGAUAUCCUCGCUUCUGUUGAAGAUAUGAAUUAUAACUCACCAGUCUCGGUUCAAGAUCCUUGGUUAAGUGCACAGAGCUCACCGUCUACAAAUACAUUACUCAGUAACAUGCCCAGGUGAUGAUAAUGAUCUCAAAACGCUUUGUACCACUUUAUUGUUUGUAAGUUCAUCUUUGUGUAGCUUGUAACAUCAUUCAGUUUUCAUAAUGAUAAGUAGCGAGAUUAACGAUGGAGGCUACAGUUUUAUACAUGAGUAAAUGUAAACGAUCUUUCAAUCA